AAUCAAGUCACACCUCUUUCCACCGCUUCAGCUUCUCUUCCCUCGCUUCGAUCAAACCAAGUAGAACACAUAUAAACUACGCCAGGCUCGUUUUGGCUGUGGAUUUCUGAGAACCCUAAUACGUAGGUUAGUAGUAGUUGCAGAAUCUUCUAGGGCUUAAAACUUUUUAGCAGCAUAAUCACGAUUACUGAACGACUACAAUUUAGUUAAGGAAGGAGAUUACGUGAAGUAAUCGCUUCCAACGACAGGGUAAGCAUGAAGGAAGUUGUGACCAUCCAAGUCGGAAGUUUCGCCAACUUCAUCGGCUCUCACUUCUGGAACUUCCAGGAUGAGUUGCUUGGGUUGGCUGAGGAUCCUUCUAGUGAUCCAGUAUUCAAGAAUCAUUCUUUAAACAUGGACGCGCUCUACCGUUCUGGCGAGACACAACAGGGCACCCUUACAUAUACUCCGCGCCUGGUUUCAGUUGACUUCCAAGGGUCACUUGGAUCUAUGAGUUCAUGUGGUUCAUUAUAUAACAAGGUUGCAUCUGCACCACCAGAUGUUAUCACAUGGACUGGUAAUGUUUCCACUCAUGCAGCUGAACCUAGAAGGAGAAAUUUAUUCUUGCAAAGAUUGCAUGAAGAAGAGCAGGAGCAUUUGACUCCAGUGGAUGGCGUCAAUGAUGUAAGGAAUAGUCCCCAACGAGAAAUUCAGGAUGAGGAUAUAGUCGAAUCCUUAGAAAACGGUGUUCAAUAUUGGACAGACUUCUCAAAAGUUCAUUACCAUCACCAAAGUUUACAUGAACUGAAUGGAUUAUGGAUGGACGCUCAGGAAUUUGACAAUUAUGGAAUUGGAAGGGAUGCCUUCUCUUGGGCUUUACGAGGAGAAGAAAUUAGUGACAGGCUUCGCUUUUUUGUAGAAGAGUGUGACCAUAUUCAGGGUUUUCAGUUCAUUGUCGACGAUUCAGGCGGUUUCUCCUCUGUAGCUGCAGAUUUUCUGGAGACUAUUGCCGAUGAAUACACAAACACACCUGUGUUGCUCUAUUCUGUCAGGGAUCCUGCUUCUCACACGAUCCAUAAAAGCCAGAAGCAAACAAUCUCUAAGAAACUUCAUGAUGCAGUUUCAUUUUCAAGACUGUCAUCCUUCUGUAAACUGAUCGUGCCAGUUGGUCUCCCCUCCUUGAGUCAAGCUUCCCCGUACCUCCGCAUUGAAGAUGAGAGGCCUUACCACUGCAGUGCCGUUUAUGCUGCUGCACUGCACUCUAUUAGUCUCCCAUUCCGAAUGGAACCACUUGGUCCCACUGCUGAUUCACGUUAUGUUUCCGGUGCUGUCGACAUCAAUGGUCUCAUACAAAUGCUAGCAGGGGGAGCUAGGCGGAAUAUGGUGGCUAUUUUGGAUGUUGCAAUGCCAGCACCUUAUUUGACUGGGAAACAGGUUGGGCAAUCUUUGCUAGGGAAUUUACAGACGUUGACACCUGAGAUAGCAGAGGAUGUGGAGGACUUGCAAUCGGUGGAAUCCAUGACCAUCCAUGGAGCCCUUGGGUCAGGAGGCCAUCGGGCUUCAGUUUCUGAUGUAAAGGAUGUGGUUAAUGCUGCUUAUGAAAAGGCAAUGACAAGACCAAUGUUCUGCAAUCUAUCAGUGGCUCUUUGUCCUCUUCCAAUACCUUUGCCUUUUCCUAAAAUAUUUGGGAACCUUGUUGGCCAACAUGGUGAGCUGUUGGGUAGUCCAGUCAAUACUUCUCCUUUGAGGGGAUCACUUGACAUCCAUUCCAUCCCAUUGGCGGGUAGACUACGAUCUAGCAGUGCUGUCUUGCCAUUUUUGGAGAAUAGAUUGGGAAAUCUUCGUAGAUUUGGAACUCAGCAAGGAGCAGCUGGGGCUGACUUAGUUAGGAGAUGGGGAUUUGGAAUGGAUGAAUUAGAAGACAUGGGAGAGACGCUCUCUAAAAUGGUUGUGGAAUUGGAUCCUUAUUCUCAGAUGUCGUCAGAUUCAGAUUGAGUUUCUGGAUUCUUUUUUGUCAGGAUAUGGCUGUAGGCAGGUGGAGACAUUCAUUGAAGUGGGGAAAUGGUUUGCCAUUUGCAUGGAGGAGAGCUUAAAAGCUGCACAGGAUGUGGUAAUUUGGUAGAGAAAGUCAAAGAUAGCUGGAAGUCGGAAAGCAACCCAAAGCUGAGUAAGCUUCAUUUGGUGAGAAUUGAGAAAGAUGCUUGUACACACUUGUAUGGUGCAAGACUACUUGGAGUUCGGCUAAUCACGUUUUCUUCUUUACUUUUGUAUAGGGAACUUUGCAAGUCUAGGUAUAAAAAUUAUUUACGAGGUGUCUUGCAAGAUUAUAUUAGGGUAUAACAGGCUUCAAAAAAGUUGAAAGGGGAACUACACUAAUUGCCACUCUUGUAAACUCUUCGAACUUCGAAAAAAAAAAAAACUACGCCACACUUUUAUGUUACCUUUC